AUGUGGCGCGCUUUUACGCAUAUAGCGAAAACACUCGAGUGCCUGAGUCACGAAGGUGCACGGUUCCCACAGAAAUUCCAGCAUUCCAUUCUCAAAGCGAAUUAUCUCAGCUUACACAACAGCAGCAACUACAGCAACAGCCACCAAGUAAAACUCAACAAAAUGUCGGGUGAAAAGCCAAAGGUUGUUUUUGUCUUGGGUGGCCCCGGCGCUGGCAAGGGCACGCAAUGCUCGAAAAUUGUUGAACGCUUCCACUUCGUCCACUUAUCGGCGGGUGAUUUGUUACGCGAGGAGCGCGCACGCGAAGGCUCCGAGUUUGGCCAGCUGAUCGAGGAAUAUAUUCGAAAUGGCAAAAUUGUACCCGUUGAGGUGACGUGUUCACUGCUGGAGAACGCAAUGAAGUUGUCGGGCAAAAUGCGUUUCCUCAUCGACGGCUUCCCACGCAACCAGGACAAUUUAGAUGGCUGGCAGCGGCAGAUGGCCGAUAAAACGGACAUGCAGUUUGUGCUCUUCUUCGACUGUGCCGAGGAUGUGUGCGUGGUGCGCUGCUUGGGACGAGGUCAGGGCGGCUCCGGACGCAGCGACGAUAACAUGGAGAGCCUCAAGAAACGCAUCCAAACCUACAACAAUGACUCACUGCCCAUUAUAAAGCAUUUCGAGAAUGCCGGGCAGGUGAAGCGCAUCGAUGCCACUCCCGAUGCGGACACCGUAUUCCAGGCGGUGGAACGCGUUUUUCUGGACGCCGGUUUCCAAUGAAAUUACGCACUCAAUUCGGUGGAUGCUCUAGCUUGAAUUCUAUAUAUAUAUAUAUAUAUAUUGUGUUUCCUUAUGUGUGUGUAGUUCUAAUUAAUUGUGUCUUUGCGCCUUCUCCCCAUAUCUUACUUAAAUAUAUAUACGCUUGUUAUCAUAAAGUUUA